GAGCUCCCCGGCAUCAGUCUGUGUGUGAACAAGAGUAGUUGUGCGGAAAUUCUUGAUAAUUUUUCAUCGUCGAAAGAGCGCAAGAAAACUUCGGUAGAGGAAAGAUGUGAUUUAGAAUUUACAAUUAAGCGCAUCUUCUAGUAAAUCUCUGAGCGAAAAAAAUGUCCUCUGCGAUGUCCUCGGUGGAUAGCAUAGCGGCUGCGCCUCAACCUCUGGCUCCUGCGGCAGAAGAGGGAAUUUUUAUCGGAAGUCCACUGGAGUGGGCGUUUUUUGUUUAAGGCUAAUGAAGACUCCCAGGUAUUCCAUCGUUGAUAUCAUGCGAAUCCUUGAGGCGUCUGUACUAUGCGAUAAGAAUGUCAAGUGGAUAUGCUUCAAGAGUAGCUCUAAUCUAUCGCAGUUUUCAUCGCGUUGAUGUCGUUCGACUCCUUUUGCCUUUUAAGGGGGAAGGCGAAGCUGACACUGAGGCAAAGCAGCCUCUACGUACUCUUCUACUUCUGCUGUGCGGCUUUAUGGUGGCUCUUCGUCGUCUGCGACAGGGGACUCGCGCCUGCUUUUCAGUGGAGCACUGGGUACUCACUGGUCGCGUCUUUCAAUUAUUCUUAAGAGGGAAAUCGAUCGGUCAGACUAAUAUUUGAUGAGUUAGAUGACUUCCGCGUAUCGAUUCAUCUUCGUUUUAGGAAUGACUGGAACAGGAGCACAAACAUGGCAUGUAAGUGCUCCUCUCAUUCGGAAGAGCACUAAAUGUUGACUGGUUGAGUCUCAUUUUCAUCCGGAAGGUCUUUCUACAGUGAGUUGGGACUCUCCAUGACUUUCAUUUGCAUUCAUUUUAGUUUUUGUUCAAGAACAGGUACCUCUUGGAGUGGAUGCUAUCCGUGGAUAAUCUCUUCGUUUACCGCCUUAUUUUCGAAAUGUACAAGUGCCCGGACUAUCUUCAGCAGAAACCUUUGUUUUUAUGCUUUGACCUCAUUGCUUCCUUUUAUUUCGACUUAUCCUCACGUAGAAUACUGGUGCAUAUUUUAUUUUCUCCCCACACAACAUGAUUUGAAAUUUUCCUCACAUCAGUUGUCUCAGGAUCUUGAUCUUGUGCAUAGAAUGAAGCAGAGUCGUAGGUAGCGAGAAUUCCUACAACAACCCUCUCUACUGGCGGAGUAUAUUGCUUUGGAAGUGGACUUGAGGAGCAUCUAAUGGUUGUGGGAAUCAUCGGUGUGAUUGUCCUUCGCUUGUUCUUGUUUGCUGUCGGCGAAUACCUAUACCACAGCAUCGGCUUCGUGUACCUCGUUCUCGGUGCGUUUCUCAUUUACUUAUGGCGAAACAAGCAGGUGUCUAUGUUCAUCUUGAUUAAAGUAGCGUGUCAAAAAAACUAUAUUUUCAUCGCAAGCAAAAGCCAAAGGAGGACUAAGUGUAAAUACAGUGCUGAGCAGUCUCUCAACGCGAAUCUUCGUGUCAUUCUGAAUGUAAUUUGGCCUCUUGAAAAAUUAAGUAGGAUGAUAACACAGAGCACACAGAUGACAUCAAGGUGAAUCUUCAGACCUGCAUAGAUGCUUUGAGGGUGAAUCUAGAUACCGCUUCUAAUGCGAACCGGUAUUAAGGUGAUCGCAACGGACGAAGAUGAUGAUGAAGAGGAUCCCACGCAAGGACGUUUUGUGAGAUGGCUCGCAAAGCAAAUACCACUAGUGAGUUACUACGACGCAGAUGGCGCCUUUUUUGUCCUGGUGCCGAAGGGAAUCGACCUACAAGUCGAUUAAGGCCAGAAUUUCGACAGUUUUUGAAUUUUCUAACUACUAAAGAGCCGAAGGUCGCUGCAGAGUGAAAAGUUCUUUUCUGGAUUAUUCUUCAAACAUGCCAACAAUCAUUAUGGACCUUGCAUCCUAACUAACUUUGGAGACAGUACCUCGUGCUUCUAGGUAAAUGAAUGAAUGAAUGAAGGACAUUCGUUUUGAAAGAAGAAUCGGCUAAACACAGCACGUACACUUGAAUUCACAAGAUGGUCGUGUCUAGGGGAGCACACACCUCCUUUGGACGCGGUUUAACUUCAGAAUUUGAGGCACCACAUCAAUCUAUCAUAUUCGUCAUAUCGACUAUGGUAGUAAAAUUGUGGUGUUGUUGUUCUAAGCAGCGUGCGGGUCCCCGGUAUCUGAUUGCGCUGCGUCUCCAAAUGCACUUGUUGACCGCUCCCCGGCGCCCACAACUAGCCAGUCCGGCGCGUCGUCGACCGCAGACUCAUCAAACCCAGGGAAUGUUAUGGCUGUUGCCCUUUGCCUUCGUUCAGACCACCAUGCUGGCUUCUCUUCCGAGCGACUUCUCAGUAGUCAUGUUGGCGUUUUCUGGGUUCACAGGAAUUUCUAUUUCACCAAAUAAUGAAUUGUUUCAUACUUUGUCACACUAGAAGGUGACAAUGGAGGAGCCUCUUUGAAGUUUCUCAUUGUAAUUUGUCUUCUGAAUGUUCUUACAAGGUGCUUAGACACCUGAUCUAUUGAAUUCGGAGAGGGAGCCAGGAGGGUCUUGAGGAUGGCAAAAAUAAAGCGACAUCCUUCAUAAAAAAGCAAAGUAGAAGAGCAGAUUUUGCUGGCAGCGGGGCAGGAGAGCUUCAUAGUAGUAUCACAAUGAAGAGCCCAUACUCGCCCGCUGCAGCGAGAGUAUUGGGCAAGGAGUCAAGUGGCACCGAAUCUGAUACCAUAGAAAUGCAGCAGGUAUACCAGAAAAUUUUGAGGUUGAUUGAUCCCAAAAAAUUCGCCUUGUUGAAUUACUGCUUUGCGUUCUUGUUGUGAUCUUAAUUUUUGUCAACGGACGUCCUUUCAAUCUUGUCCGAUCGUUAUCAUCCUCGUUAAUAUUUCUCAUCAUUCUCAUCAUCGUGGUGUGUCCAUAUCAUGAAGGUUGGAGGAGUAGCUCAAAGCGCGGCGGAAGAAGAUUUGGAUCCGGACAUACCACGAAAGUGUCGCUCUCUCGUGCGCAGAUUUUCCAGAUACAAGCCACGGCCGGGCACAAUAUCAACGCAGGUAACUUAUUUACUCAUAACAAUGAAGAUCAAUGGUAUCUCAUAUUACGAACUUACUUUGGUACAAGAGUCAACGGUUCCGAGUCAGGUAGUCCAAAUUCCAUUAUCGGUGUCAAACUUGUGCAGAAGGAAAGAACACCACUACAGAUAUACCACGACGACUGCGUCUUUGAUAUUGCACUGAAUGAUAAUCAUCAAUUUGAAUCUGUUUCAAUGACUUUCAAAACACACAGAUGGAGACGCGUUGCACAAUGUCUUUCCUUGUGGCGUGUUGUUUAGCAGCGACCGACGUGAUCUUUGCGGUUGACAGUGCCAGUGCAAUAAUAGCGCAGAUACCUGACAUUUACCUUGCUUAUGGUCUCUCCUUUCAGGAACUGUUUUGUCUUGCCGAUGGUAAAGAGUGACCAUUUGAGACACAAUCACGAUGUUUUUUUUUGAAAGUGUCUUGGAGUGGGUGUCGUCAGGUGGGAUCAUCACCAAGAUGCAGCAUUCUCUUGAUGGACUUUAGUUAAGAUGCGCUAAGCUGUAUACACGGCGUGUGCGUUUGCUACCUUGGGUCUGCGGGCAAUGUUCUUCAUGGUGUCGGAACUUAUUGCGCUCUUCUCCCUUCUCAAAUACGGUGUCGGCUUCGUUCUGGUCUUAUGGCAAGGUUGCUAGCUAUCAGGCUCCUAGCGAGAUCAAUCUUGUCUUUGGUUAUAAAAUUGUGUUUUAGUUGUAAGAGGGCACUGCUCCCACAAUUACAAACUUACUAGUACGUAGAUGGUGUAGCUGUUUCUGCUGUUCCGUCGAGAGAAAGACGACUUUCUGAAACCUCACUGCGGAUUAGUACUUAUCAACAGGACUUUGCUUUAUGAGUGAACAGUUCUUGAGAAGCCACCAGUUUCAUAUCUUUUUACGGGUGGCAAGUUGAUGCUGGCGAAGCUAGUGUCAGUACCAGACGGCGUCACGGCAGCGGUGAUGAUAAGCACAUUUUUGCUAUGCACUCUAGGGAGCGUGUUUUGGGACCGUUUAAAGAGCAGCGGCGCAGCCCAAGGAGAAGUUGGGAAGCUCGGUAUCUAUGUUAAUGCAAUGUCAAAUAAUAAGCUUGGGACUUUAGAAGUAUAAAAAUUAUUGUGCAUCAUGAGUGUCUAAGAUUUUCGUUUUCCACCUGUAAUUGCGGAUGAACAAGGUAUAAUUAUUUGAUUCAUUGCGACCGAGUCAUCAUUUGAUGAACUACUCAAUGUUAGGAAACUAUGUUCAUAGGUGUGUCAUACAUUCAUCUAGUUGUUUCACAGUAUCUUGUCAUUCAUUGAGGCCUGGUUCACUGGUUCAAAGACACAUUUAUUUACUAUACGUCCAGUUGGUGGAGGGGGAAGGACGCCGUAGAAACGGGAGAAACGUUCUGCUUUGGCUGGCUGUCAUGUGUUCAGCGGUGUGUUUGGUUUCGCACUCGUUGCAAAAAAGGCCACUCUACGAGGUUGCAGCUUGCUACGCCUACGCAGGUUUUAGCGUCUUCGGAGACGCUUCUGCCCGACAACACGGGAUAAUCUACGCCCUCAGCGAAUUUGAAGGGAGUGCUAUGCAGCGCAGUAAGAUUGCGGCUCAUGCCACAGUAAUGUUUCUACGGCGUCUGUACCCGGAAAAUGGAAGUACCACCGACAAGGACAAUUUCUAGAAGAUUGCGCCACAGUGCCCAUCCUGUGUAGAUGAGAAGAGUUACGAAAUCUUAUAUUUGUGCUCUUCAUAUAUUAUGCAUAAAACUCAGCUCUCUCGUCCACCACGACCAUGUAGCAACAGUACACUUUUUUUGAGGCUUUUUCUUUUAAGACACUUUUAUAAGACAGGGAGUUGCUCAUGCUCGUCUGUUCGAAAAUGGUUCACUCAUCUCGCUGUUUUGAAAUCAAGGCACUGGCGCUGGCAGCGAAGACGAACACAUGAUACUCGAAAGGAGGAAUUGGGAAGGCAGCACUCGAAAUGCAGGUUUAGCUUCUAACAAGGAAUAGUAUAAUAGCUGACUUCAUCAUCUACUCAGUAGAAGGUGUCUGCAGCUGCAAGCAGAAAUCUUGUUGAACGAGUAGCCAUUUUUGUAGAGUCUGUGUCUGUUGUCGCAUUUUGUGUUAUUCCUUUGACACUUCUCGUUCUUGACAUCAAGACAAGACUCGCAUGCAUUCCUGGUACCUCAUCUCCAAUUAAACCUGUUGAUGGAGAUCAGCAGCAGAGGUGGAAUAUCUUCA